AUGUUACCGACUUCUAAAAGUAUGUUGGCACCAAUAGCGAUGAAGUCUUUCCAAAACGCCUUGAGUAAAGCGGCGUUCUCUACCCAUGGCACGAGGAAUGUCAACGUAGCCGAGUUUUAUAAUAAGGCUAGAGCUUGUGGGGUCGGCUACUUCACUGGGGUCCCUGAUUCCUUGUUAAAAGACUUUUGCGCAUACGUUACUGAUCAUGCAGCGCCUAACGAGCAUGUUAUUGCUGUUAACGAAGGCAGUGCCAUUGGCCUUGCUGCGGGUUACCAUUUGGCUACCGGCAAACUCCCUCUUGUAUACACUCAGAAUAGUGGUUAUGGUAACAUGGUCAAUCCGCUCCUCUCAUUGGCUCAUCCCGGAGUGUACGGGAUUCCUAUGCUGGUUCUGGUGGGUUGGCGUGGUGAGCCUGGAGUAAGGGACGAGCCACAGCAUAAGAUCAUGGGAAAAUUGCAGGCUGGUAUAAUUCAAGCUAUGGAUUUGGCUUGCACUGAGCUGCCUACUGAGAAUUCGGAAGCUUUGGAAGCUCUGGAAGCAGCGGCGGCGCAGUCUAUGGAGAGCAAGACUCCGCAUUUGAUACUGGUUCGAAAGGAUACUUUCUCGAGAUAUACUUUGGAGAUGGCAGCAGAGUAUGAUAAGACCUUGCCUAUGACGAGGGAGAAUGCCAUAAGAGUAGUGUUGAAGGCUGGUGGUGAUCAUGCUACAUAUGUCGGCACUACAGGAUUCUUGAGAAUUAAGAAGCGUUGGGAAGGGAAGACCAUCGAGCAGCUCUUUAUGGAGGAAUUUGCCUUUUUACAUUAUGGAAUAAGAGAGAUUCUCGAGGCUUCUCGUGGGUACCAGCUUUACCCGUUACAUAGACUUGAUAGAGUCACCUCUGGAAUAGUGGUUUUCGCCAAGACCGCCGAUGCAGCGCGGAAAUUCGAGGCGAAUCAGCGGAGUUGGCCGGUCACAAAGACGUACAUCGCGCGGGUGACAGGGAGAUGUUCUGUUAGUGAGGCCAACGAGAGUAUCGUUGAAUGCAUCCCAAUUACCGGGAGGAAACAUCAAAUUCGGGUUGCUAUCGCCAAGUCUGGUAUAUCUAAUACGAAGAGUGAAGCUAAACUUCAGAAGCGCUAG